AUGAGUAUGUAUUUUUUUCUAUUAUUCGAAAGUGUGGUGUUGCUGAUUAAUAGCGUUUUAAUUAUAAAUGAAAAGAAGUUAAAAAAAUAUAAAAAAAUAGAUAUUAGUUUAAAUAGUAAUGAUAUUUUUGAUAACAUAAAAUUGUUAUUCUACACUAUUAGAAUAUAUUUUAAAAUUCCUUUAAUUUUUCUUAAUUUGCUGUGUAUUGUCGUUGAAAUUUUAUUUGGAUAG